UGGUCGUCCUAUUCAUUUUUAUUUAUUGAUUAUUAUUAAUUUUUGGCUGUCCACGGGAUUGAACCAGGGGCCUCUGCCCUCAGUACAUCCCACCUCCUUUCUUACUACGGGUCUCCAUGAGUGGCUCAGUUGCCCAGACUGAGCUGCAACUUGCGAUGCUCCUGCUUCAGCCUCCCAGAGUGCCCCGCUCACAGGCGUCCAGAGCGGGUGUCUGCGGCCCCUCAGCGUCGCCGGCUCCCGCCCCCUGAGGGCUGGGGUCCUCCCCCCCCUCCGGCGCCGCCCUGCUCCUCCUCCGGGCCAGGAGUUCGCUGGAGCCGCGCGCCACGCAGGUGCCGGCGCCAGGAUCGGAUAGGGAUCCGGAUCGGAUCGGAUCGGCCCGACUCUGCCCCGGCCGGGCGGACCUGGCUCAGGCGGACCGGCUCAGAUUGCACCUGUGUGGAGAACCGAGUUCGCAGUCAGAGGUCAUAAAAAAGAGUGAGACAUCUAAACCGCGAGUCCAAGCCCAAUACGUGGAAGAUUGACUACUCUUCUAAUUCGUGAUGCAGCAGCGCCAAUAACAAACCUCAUGUGACGUAUUUCAAAUUGAGUGGCGUUCAUGGGAAGGCCUAUCUCUAGCAUUUGGACGUACUGCCAUGAGACCUCUCAGGAAUUACUCCACCAACUCUUCAAGAUUUACUAACAUCCGGUGCACAUCUCUGAAGAAAAAUGAUUUUUCAAACAUUCUCUGUGGCUUUGUUACACUGUGAAUUUCUUCAUGUGAUAACCGCAUUUAACUUGGCAUAUCCAGUCACUCCCUGGAGAUUUAAACUGUCUUGCCUGCCAUCAAAUAACACUGAUGACUACUCCCUCUUGCCUGCUGGAAUGCCAAACAACACUUCGUAUUUGAGUGGAAGUCAUGAGUCAGUGGUUGAAGCCAGAUUUAAUUCAAGUGGUGCCGACAUGGCUGAUUUAUCCCCAGCAACUUUCCACUGUUGCUUUUGGAGUGAGCAAGAUAAAAACUGCCCUGUGCGUGUGGAAGGGGAGACCUCUGUCUCUACAGUGGAUUCUUCUGUUUUUCAACAGCGGGGUGCAAACUGGAACAUACAGUGCUGGAUGAAAGGGGACUUGAAAUUAUUUAUGUGUUCUGUGGAGCCCUUACUUAAGAGUUCUCUCAAGAAUUACGGCCUCAAAGCUCAUCUUUUCUAUGUCCCGUCUGAAGUGGUAGAAGAUUUGCACCUGGCCCCCCAGAAAGGCCGCUUCGAGAGCGUCCAGUGCAACUGCAGCUUUGAGGAACCCUGUGGGUGUCAAAUGCCAGUACCAGUAGCCAAGCGCAAUGAUACCUUUCUGAUGUAUUUGAGAAUCACAGCUGCUGGGGUAACUUUUCAGUCACCUCUAAUGUCAGUUCAGCCCUUAAAUGUUGUGAAGCCUGAUCCACCAUUGGAUUUGCAUAUGGAAAUCACAGAGGAUGGCAAUUUAAAUAUUUCUUGGUUCAGCCCAACACUGGUACCAUUUCCACUUCAGUAUCAAGUGAAAUAUUCAGAGAAUUCUACCACACUCACGAGAGAAGCGGAGGAGACGGUCUCUGUGACAGCCCUCCUGGUGGACAGCGUGCUUCCGGGCUCCACCUACGAGGCUCAGGUGAGGGGCCGGAGACUGGACGGCCCGGGGGCCUGGAGUGACUGGAGCACCCCUCGAGGCUUUACAACGCAAGAUGUCAUAUACUUUCCACCUAAAAUUCUCACAAGCGCUGGGUCUAACGUUUCCUUUCACUGUAUCUAUAAAAAUGAAAACACGAUUGUUUCCUCACAAGAGAUCGUUUGGUGGGUGAAUUUAGCUGAGGAAAUUCCUCCAAGCCAGUACGAUGUGGUGAGUGACCAUGUUAGCAAAGUGACUUUCCUGGACCUGAGAGCGACCAGACCUCGGGACGAGUUCACCUACGAUGCCGUGUACUGUUGCCAACAGCACCAGUGCCACCGUCGCUACGCCGAGUUGUAUGUGAUUGAUGUCAAUAUCAAUAUAUCAUGUGAAACUGAUGGGUACUUAACUAAAAUGACUUGCAGAUGGCCAGCCAACCCAAUGCAAUCCCUCGUGGGGAGCUCCUGGCAGUUGAGAUAUUACAGGAGCAGCCUGUAUUGUUCUGAUAGUCCAUCUAUCUCUCCAGUAUCGGAACCGAAAGAUUGUCAUUUGCAGCGGGAUGGCUUUUAUGAAUGCAUUUUCAAGCCCAUAUUUCUGUUAUCUGGCUACACAAUGUGGAUUCGGAUCACUCACUCUUUAGGUUCCCUGGACUCUCCACCGAUGUGUGUGCUCCCGGACUCUGUAGUGAAACCACUGCCUCCAUCCAGUGUUAAAGCAGAAAUUACUGCAAAUAUUGGAUUAUUGAAAAUAUCUUGGGAAAAGCCAGUCUUUCCAGAGAAUAAGCUUCAGUUCCAGAUUCGCUAUGGCUUACGUGGAAAGGAAAUACAAUGGAAGACGCACGAGGUGGAUGACGCAAAGUCGAGGUCUGCCAGUGUCCCCGUGCGAGAUCCGUGCGCAGUGCACGCUGUGCAGGUGCGCUGCAGGAGGCUGGACGGGCUGGGUUACUGGAGCAACUGGAGCAGCCCAGCGCACACUGCGGUCACGGACGUCAGAGGUCUGCACGCCUUGUGCCUUACACUGCUUCCCGUGAGAGGACCUGAGUUUUGGAGAAGAAUUAAUGGAGAUAUUACUAACAGAGAGCGAAAUAUCACCUUGCUUUGGAAGCCCCUGAUGAAAAACGACUCUCUGUGCAGCGUGAGGAGAUACGUGGUGAAGCACUGGACUUCCCACAACGCAACAUGGUCAGAGGAUGCGGGGAACCAGACCCAGCUCACUUUCCUGUGGACGGAGCAGGCGCACACCGUGACGAUUCUGGCCAUCAAUUCCCUUGGGGCUUCCCUUGCCAAUUUGAACCUCACGUUCUCAUGGCCCAUGAGCGAAGUAAAUAUCCUGCAGUCACUUGGUGCUUACCCUUUAAAUAGCAGUUGUGUGAUUCUUUCCUGGGUUCUAUCACCCAGUGAUUACAAUCUGAUGUAUUUUAUUAUUGAAUGGAAGAAUCUUGAUGAAGAUGAUGAAAUUAAAUGGCUUAGAAUCCCUUCAAAUGUUAAGAAGUAUUAUAUCUACGAUUAUUUUAUCCCCAUUGAAAAGUAUCAGUUCAGUCUGUACCCAGUAUUUUCAGAAGGAGUGGGGAAACCAAAGAUAAUUAAUGGCUUCACCAAAGUUGAUGAAAAACACCAGAAUGAUGCAGGUCUAUAUGUCAUUGUGCCGAUAAUUAUUUCCUCUUCUGUCUUAUUGCUGGGAACACUGUUAAUAUCACACCAAAGAAUGAAAAAGCUGUUUUGGGAUGAUGUUCCAAACCCCAAGAAUUGUUCCUGGGCACAAGGACUUAACUUUCAGAAGCCCGAAACAUUUGAGCAUCUUUUUACCAAGCACACAGGAUCAGUCACCUUUGUUCCUCUUCUUGUGGAGCCUGAAACCAUUUCAGAAGACCUCAGUAUCGAUAUGCCGUGGAAACAUGCAGAAGACACGGCGCCAGCAGCUCUGGUCUCACUGCUUUUGACGGCUCCUGAUCCGGAGAAGGGCUCUGUCUGCACGAGUGACCGGUGUGACAGCCCUCUCUUCUCGGACAGGGGGAACUCUGAGGUGAGUUGGGAGCACGACAGCCCGGGGCCGCCCUCGGUCAAGUACGCCACGCUGGUCAGCAGCUCCAAGUCAGGUGAAGCCGGUGAGCGGCAAGGACUUCUACACACUUCCGUCAGCAAGGGCUUCUCUGGCAAGAGUUCUCCACUGAGAGAUUCUUUCUCGAAUAGCUCGUGGGAGAUAGAAACUCAAGCAAUUUUUAUAUUAUCAGAUCAGCAGUCUGACAUGAUUUCACCACACCUUUCGUUCUCAGAAGGAUUGGAUGAACUUUUGGAGCUGGAGGGAAAUUUCCCUGAAGAAAACCAGAGUGAAAAGUCUAUCUAUUAUUUAGGGGUCACCUCAAUCAAGGAGAGAGAGAGUGGUGUGUUUUUGACUGAGGAGUCCAGAGUACUGUGCCCUUUUCCGCCCCACUGUUUAUUUGCUGACAUUAGCAUACUCCAGGACAGUUGCUCACACUUGGUGGAAAAUAAUUUCAACUUAGGAACUUCUGGCAAGAAGACUUUUGUGUCUUACGUGCCCCAGUUUCAAACCUGUUCUACGCAGACCCAUAAGAUAGUGGAAAACAAGAUGUGUGACCUGACUGUGUGAUUCCACUCAAAAAACCUUCAGAUUUGUGUUCUGAUGGAUCAUAGGAAGUGUCCCGGGUUCCUUUACGGUGUGGACAGGAGAGAGAAAAAACUGUUCCAGGUCCAGUUUGAAAAUGAUUAUGUCAGAAUUAUGGAUGUCUGUCUGUCAUUGCUCAGGAAUCUAGACCAAACAAGAAAUGUGAGGAAGCCUUUGUGAGCUGAGGCGAGUCUGUGGGCUGUUCCAGAUUCUGUUCAUGAACUAAACCUCUGGGUCUAGCUAGAAAAAAGCCCAGCGAGCACCUCCUUUCGUGAACCUUAGACCUGUGUAGAAAGAACUAACCUCUAUUGCAGCAACAUCUCUGAAGGAAGGUUUCAAGUUAACAUUUGUGAGGUAUAAUUGUUGUUUCAAGGGUAUGUUUGUUUCCCCUUGCAUUGUUCUUGUUUUGCACUAAUUCACACACAUACAAACUUAUGCUUAAUCUAGGUACCCUUGUGCGUUUUGGAAGUACGUGAUGUGUUUGUAUUUUUGUUACCAGACUGUGUAGUAGGAAGUAGGCAUUUCAUUAAAUGACGAAUGUAGAAAAAUUAGCCCUGGCCUAAGAGGUUGGUCUUCUGAAGACGGACGAGUUAGCAAGUGGUGAUUUGGCAAAUCUGAGACAUGAUCCACAGAAGGAGACUGCUCCUUGGAAUGGCAGGACCCACAGCCAGUUCUGAUGAGGACACGGGCAGCUCUGGAAACACAAUGCCAGUUGUAACUCUGCGCUCCACAGUGCAUUCAAAGGGCCACUUUGUGAUCCAGUUUGGUUGCCAGGCGUCACUGUACCUGAAGGUGUGUGACUCACUGUCAUCUGACCCAUUCUCCACUUGCACUUAAACUGUUUUUCACUCACUUCCUGAACAUUCUCUUUUUAUAUGAACCAACCACUGUGCUAAUACUAUAACUCAUUUACUGCAAUAAUUGUAGGAGACAUUUGUUACUGUUACACUCCUUUUAAAGAUUAGGAGAUUAAGUAAUUUGUCCCAGGUCACAAAGUUACUGGGUGAUGAAAAGUUUAUUUCAGUAUUAUAAUGUUUGAUUGGGUCCUGGUGAAAACUAUCUGCUGUUAAACGGUAGAUUGGUAUAAAAAUUUAGAGAAAAUUUAGAGUGUUUUAUACUUUGGAAUGGUUAGUUACUCCCCCCUCCCCACCAGGUCUUCUUUAAAAAUAAUUUAAGGAAACCAGGAGAUAAAAUACAAGCUUUGGGCUUUUAAGCUUAUCAUAAAGUUGAAACUUUUAUUUUUUAAUUUAAAGACUGUUAAUGACAGCAUAAGCUACUAAUCAGUCUCUUUAAAUUUUAACUUUAUAAAAAAAUUUAUGAAGAGAAACUCAGAAAUUAAUCACGAGUUAUGACUUCAAGUGCAAAAAGAUUGUUCAAAGCUAAGUUAUGGGUCAAGAUUUGCAGAAUUUUAUAUUUUCCAUUUUUGAAACCCCCAAAUUCAAAGAUUAAAAAAACCUAGGCAUGCUUCCCAAAGAGGAUUCUGUUGGAAUCCUAUGUCCCCUUUUGAGAUGAGCUACAGGUUGGCAGGAGGAUCGGGAACAGAUAUCCUUUUUUCUUUAGAGCUAGUCUCCAAAUAAUAGAAGGAACCCGAUGGGGUUCUCAAGCCAGUGGCAGAUACUGGGGUUGCAAUAAGGAUUUAUAACCCUGGUCACAACAUUCUUCUAAGUCCUCUUGUCUUAUUUCAAAAAAACCACCUCUCUUUCCAAAUAUGAAACUCAUGGUCACAUUCCUUCAGGAGAAUUGAUACUAACCCCCAGAAGGUGGAGAAAGAUCUCCUUUGGCUGGAAGGCCUGGGUGUGGGGCAUGCUGGCCCCCCGUGGAGCUGGAAAUGUGCACAUGAAGACCUCACAGCCAUGGUUCCCGUGAGGGACCUCUCUAAACACCACCUGUGGUCUGCAGGAGAAAUUUCUUCUGAUUGCUAUCUUCCAAACAGUCAGCUUGAGGUUACUUUCACAAACUCUCAUGAAACAUUUAUUAUUGAGGACACUUAUUCUCAAACCAUAAAACACAAAAGUGAAAUUGUCCACACUAUUGUGAUUAAGCUAAGUUGGAUUUGAAAAAAAGUAAACGUGAGUGUAAAAAACAUGAAGAGCUAUUCAUAGAGAGUGAGGGAAGCCAGCAAUUCCAUUUCUUGAACAACUAGUUUAAAACAGGAAAGCACUUCUGUUCCUAUUCACAGUGUGCAUGGAACAGCUUCAAAGACCAAGCUGUGUAUGAGAACUGAGGUACCGUUACAUGUGUUUGCAAGCAUCCCAUAGGGUUUUAUAUUGAACGAGUUAUUUUUAUACAAAGUUUAUCAAAAUUUAUUUUAGAAAGCUUCUGAAAAUGUCUAUUUUUCAAAAUUAAUUGUGCUUAAGAUGUAUGGCAUUAAGUUUAAUUUUAUGAGGACCUCUGACAGGUUAUUUUAAAUAACACUUAAAAAACCUGGAGAAUGAAUUUGGAAGAUAUUUAAUUUUGUAGUGACAAACAUAUGUUGUAGAUAUUGUACUUCUGGUACCUGUCUUUGAAUAUUUGGCAAGCAGCGAACUUUCUGUUUAGUCACCAUUGGUAUGGUAAUAAAUGUUAUUUAAGUGUUGAAAUACAUAUCACUAAUUGUUCCAUAAAAUUAUCCCAUUUCUCCUUCAUGUACCCAAAUUCAUAAAGUUUUGUAUGAACAGAUAUUUUCAUCUUUCUAUCAUUGUGAAUCAUAAGCAAUGUUACUAUUUUGGGAAAUGAAGGUCCAAGGAGAAUUAUGAGUUUAAGUUAUUUUAGGGUUAUUUCAUCCACUGUAUGAAGAAAUAAUCUUUGUCGUACAUAAAUGGUUCAUAUAAAA